GUGUGACAAAGACUAACAUGGAAAGGAAGCACAAUGGUGAAAGUCCAAAUCAAGGAUCAAGGGCAAAUGCUACAACUGUGGCAAACUUGGACAUCUCUCUAAGGACUANGAAAUCUAAAUGCAACAUUGUGGAAGGUGUGACAAAGACUAACAUGGAAAGGAAGCAGAAUGGUGAAAGUCCAAAUCAAGGAUCAAGGGCAAAUGCUACAAAUGUGGCAAACGUGGACAUCUCUCUAAGGACUGNGGAAAGGAAGCACAAUGGUGAAAGUCCAAAUCAAGGAUCAAGGGCAAAUGCUACAACUGUGGCAAACUUGGACAUCUCUCUAAGGACUAUCAAAAUCCAAAGAACUUCAAGAAGCCAAAUUCUCAAUCAAAUGUGA